AUGGGGUCCGGUGAGAACUUGGAGAAGGUUGAAGCCUUCUUUGCUGAGUUGGCCAGUGAAGGGCGCACCAUUGUGCGAGAACAGCCAAAGCUCGAUCUUGAGCUUUACUUGCAAAAUUACAAAGGUCGAACGAGAUUUGAUCGCCUCUACCAUAUUGGACGAACGAGCGUUGUACUAUCCGUCGAUGCGUUGAAAGCCGCCGUCGCCGAAGCCAAGGCUGGCAAAGAUGUUGAAAGAUACCGAGAUGUCGUCGAUGCCCUUCGCCGAGUAUCUCUAAGCGAUCCUGAGACGGAGCUUGACAAAGCCUGGAUCGAAAAGACCUCCUCUGCCAAUAAGAAGGAAACUCAACAUCUCGAGAGCCAGUUGAAGGUUUAUCGAAGUAACCUUGUCAAGGAAAGCGUUCGGAUCGGAAAUGAAGACCUCGGACGGCACUAUGAAGCGAUCGGCGCUCUUGCGAAAGCCAGCGAAGUAUAUGGAAACAUGCGAACGGAUGCCAGCACUCCUAAACAUUUAAUCGAUGUCGGCAAGCAUCUAGUUCGAGUAGGCAUCCAGAUGCGCGACUGGACUACGGUGACGCUCCAGCUUGGCAAGUUAUUGAGUCUUCAAACUCAAGAGGUUCCGGAAGACGCCACCGCCACUCUUCGAUAUGUCAACAUUGCCAAGGGACUUGCCCAUCUCGAAGCUGAAGCCUACAAGGAGGCUGCGCAAUGUUUCCUCUCCGUGGACAACAACCCUCGAUUGGCAAGCGAGCCCGAUAUCCCGAGCCCCAACGACAUCGCCGUAUACGGAGCGAUCCUGGCCCUGGCAACGAUGGACCGAUCUGCCUUGAAGACUAAGGUGCUCGAGAGCCAGACCUUCCGACCAUUCCUCGAACUCGAACCACAUCUGCGAAAGGCUCUGGGACUUUACGUGAACGGGAAAUACACCGCGUGUCUCGAGAUCCUAGAUUCCUGCAAGCCCGACCACCUCCUCGACAUUUACCUUUACAAGCACGUUGCGAGUUUGUACAAGCAGAUCCGGACCAAAUGCAUUGUCCAAUAUUUGAUCCCGUACGCGUGUAUCAAGCUGGAAAACCUAGAGGCGGCGUUUGGCAAGCCCGGGCAGUCGCUUGGAGCAGAGCUCUGCGAGAUGAUUCGGAGCGGGGUUCUCAGUGCAAGGAUCGACUCUAUUGACAAGCGGGACACCCUCGAAGCCGUUAAAUGGCAUCAGAAGCGGACACUCGACGACAUUAGACGAAAUGGUCUUCUUGCCCUUCACGUAGACAUUGCGUUGAAAAGGCACGGAUCUUUGAGGUUGGGUGAUAGUCAGGGUCUGGACGAAGUGUGGUACACUGAGGGCCGGGAUCCGAUGGAUUUAGCGACUUAG